UGGUGUGCGACCGGCGUGGGAGCCAAGUCGGUUCCUCGUGCGCGGGGCUUGCGGUGCGGAACGCUGAUAAGGAAGCAGGGGAGGUCUCGAGCCGUUCUGAACGUUAGCAAGAGGAGAAGAACAGCAGGUGUGAACAGCGACCUGACAGUGAGAUCCCACUACAGAUGGAGACGGUGACGCGGGCAGAGCUAUGGUGCCAGUGCCAGGGCAACGCCAGCGCCGUGCCUCAACAGGUGCUCAUCAACCAACAGAUGUCGAAGCUUCACGCCGACGCCCAGCGGCACGUGAUGUGGUACGUGGGAACAGUCCUUACGCUGUACUUCGUCGGUCUCAUCCUCAUCAUCCGGAAGUCAGGGCGCUCCGAGCGUCUCAGGGUCGCCUCCGCUCUCGCCCUUUGCUUCUCCGCCUCGUCCUCGCCGCAGCAGGACUCCGGGAGAACGAGUCAGAGGCGCGGCUGCCACCACUCUGCAAGGACUUCUCGGCGGGAGACCCUCCACUGUCCCCUUAUGUCGAUCCCCGUGGGCAGGACUGAAGUGGAGGAGGCCUGUGUAACUUUUGUGUGACGACGCUUGGCUGCGCAGUUUGGGGAAACGGGUUCACGUGAUCUUUGUGAAAUGUGGGAAGUGCGUUAAAGUGUGGUGGAUGUGUGCACGUUGAUAUAAGGUACUGCUGGGACGUAGGUUCUGUAAUUGUCAGUCCUCAAGGUGAUAUACUUUUUGUGAAUAUGAUUUAUAUUCAUUAUCACGCACACACACACACACACACACACUCUUUCUAUCCACCCACAUCUCUCUCUCUCUCUCUCUCUCUCUCUCUCUCUCUCAUGACAUAAUAAAUUUUCCAUAAAGAGGUUUAUUUUAACCAUUGGAAACAUAACUACAAUGAGA